AUGGAGAUCAACUCCCAAUGCCUUCCUUGUGACAAAGACAUCCUGAGGGAAACCAUUAAAUUCAUGUACACGGACUGGGCGGACAGGGACAACGGCGACAUGCGGAGGAAGACGCUCCUCGCUCUGUUCACGGACCACCAGUGGGUGGCGCCGGCCGUGGCCACCGCCAAGCUCCACGCAGAGUUUCAGUCGCCGGUUUACUUCUACACGUUCUACCACCACUGCCAGACGGAGACGCGUCCCGAAUGGGCCGACGCCGCCCACGGAGACGAGAUACCCUACGUGUUUGGCGUUCCCAUGAUCGGUGCUACGGAUCUGUUCCCGUGCAACUUCUCCAAGAAUGACGUGAUGCUGAGCGCUGUGGUCAUGACCUACUGGACCAACUUCGCCAAGACCGGGGACCCCAACCUGCCAGUCCCUCAAGACACCAAGUUCAUUCACACCAAACCCAAUUGCUUUGAAGAGGUCAUCUGGACCAAGUUCAACUCCAAGGACAAGCAGUACCUCCACAUCGGAUUAAAACCUCGUGUUAGAGACAACUACCGGGCCAACAAGGUGGCCUUCUGGCUGGAACUAGUGCCCCACCUCCACAGUCUGCACGAGGAGCUCUUCCUCACCACGACUCGCUCGCCCGCGGGCCCCGGCCAAGGCACCCACCGACCGGGCCCCCGGCCGACUCGCCACCCUUACCCCACCUUUGCCUCCGACCCGGAGCUGGAGGGUUCGGAGCGUCCGCGCCAGGAGCUCUUCCCCGGAGACCCCCGGGACUACUCCACCGAGCUGAGCGUCACGGUGGCCGUGGGGGCGUCGCUCCUCUUCCUCAACAUCCUGGCGUUCGCCGCCCUUUACUACAAGCGCGACAAGCGGCACGAGAUGCGGCGCCACCGGCUGUCCCCGCAGCGCGGCGGGCCCGCCAACGACCUGGCUCACAGCCAAGAGGAGGAGAUCAUGUCCCUGCAGAUGAAGCACUCGGAGCACGACCCCCACCACGACAUGGAGCCGCUGCGGCCGCACGACAUCCUGCGGCCCGCCUGCCCGCCCGACUACACGCUGGCGCUGCGCCGCGCCCCCGACGACGUGCCGCUGAUGACGCCCAACACCAUCACCAUGAUCCCCAGUACCAUCACCAGCAUGCAGCCUCUCCACGCCUUCAACACUUUCCCGUCCACCGGCCACAACAACACCCUGCCCCACCCCCACUCCACCACCAGGGUAUAGUAGGGACUGGCGCCACGCAGCGCCACCCAAGGACCAGGCCGACUGGCGGGGGCCGCCGACCGAGAGCGGAGGCCUCCGUCUCCGUCCUCCUGUUCUCUUUCUCCACAAACAACUCCACCUCCUCAGACUCAGCAGCUCCCCCGGUGGCCGCGUGGAGAAGCAACCGGACCGCACGGCAGCAGAUGAUCGGUUCGGGGGUUGAUUUCAGAUCGUUUUACGGAUACUGUUUUCAAAGGUACGCUGGUUCCAGACUAAAGCCCCCGGACGCCAGUCAAAGGGACGAGUGCUUUUCGG